GCGUAUCCCACCGCUCUGCCCUCCUCAAGCUCAAGUUCUCUUUGCACUCCAACGUCUCGUGGAUCGGUUGAAGGGCUUCGGAGCACACACACACAAAAAAAGAAAGACACCCCACACGUUUCACAAUGGCGGCAAUUCUCCUCCGGUCCCUUUUAAACACGAAGGCCCCCCUCCAGCUGGGUCGUAGGUGCUAUUCAUCGUCCUCAGUGCCCACCACCAAGCUGUUCAUUGAUGGCAAGUUUGUCGAGUCCAACACGUCUGAGUGGCUCAACAUCCACAACCCUGCCACUAAUGAAGUGGUGGGACGUGUUCCUAAAGCUACGCAGGAGGAGAUGCUGGCAGCUGUGGAUUCCUGCUCCAGAGCCUUCCACUCCUGGUCCGAGACCUCCAUCCUCAGCAGGCAGCAGAUCUUCCUCCGCUACCAGCAGCUCAUCAAGGAUAACAUUAAAGAGCUGGCUAAAAUAAUCACUUUGGAGCAGGGCAAAACUCUAGCUGAUGCAGAAGGAGAUGUAUUUAGAGGACUGCAGGUGGUUGAACACGCCUGCAGCAUUACAUCACUCAUGCUGGGUGAAACCUUACCCUCCAUCACCAAAGACAUGGACACCUACACCUACCGCCUGCCAAUCGGAGUGUGCGCCGGCAUCGCCCCUUUCAACUUCCCUGCCAUGAUUCCUCUAUGGAUGUUUCCCAUCGGGAUGGUGUGCGGCAACACCUACCUGAUGAAGCCCUCUGAGCGAGUCCCAGGCUGCACCAUGCUUUUGGCCAAAAUGCUCCAGGAUGCCGGAGCACCAGAUGGUACACUCAACAUAAUCCACGGACAGCAUGCAGCGGUAAACCUCAUCUGUGACCAUCCAGCCAUCAAAGCCAUCAGUUUUGUGGGCUCCAACCAAGCUGGAGAGUACAUCUACGAGCGGGGCUCCAAGAAUGGCAAGAGAGUGCAGUCCAACAUGGGUGCCAAGAACCACGGUGUGGUGAUGCCUGAUGCCAACAAAGAGAACACCAUCAACCAGCUAGUGGGUGCUGCUUUUGGAGCAGCUGGCCAGCGCUGCAUGGCUCUCUCCACUGCUGUUUUUGUUGGGGAGUCUCGCACAUGGCUCCCAGAGCUGGUGGAGCGCUCUAAAUCGCUGCGGGUAAACGCAGGUGAUCAGCCUGGGGCAGAUGUGGGUCCCCUCAUCACCCCGGAAGCCAAGGCCAGGGUAGAGUCUCUGAUCCAGAGUGGGGUUGAUGAAGGUGCCAAACUGCUGCUGGAUGGGAGAAACGUUAAAGUCAAAGGUUAUGAAAAUGGAAACUUCGUAGGACCCACCAUCUUAGCCGGUGUUACGCCCAACAUGAAAUGUUACAAAGAAGAGGUCUUUGGACCGGUGCUCGUUGUCCUGGAGGCCGACAGCCUCGACGAAGCCAUUUCUUUAAUCAACAAAAACCCUUACGGCAACGGCACAGCCAUCUUUACCACCAAUGGAGCCACAGCUCGCAAAUACACACAUGAAGUGGACGUCGGCCAGAUUGGUGUGAAUGUACCCAUCCCCGUCCCGCUCCCCAUGUUCUCCUUCACUGGCUCCAGAGGUUCAUUCAGAGGAGAUACCAACUUCUAUGGCAAGCAGGGCAUUCAGUUCUACACUCAGAUCAAGACUGUUACGUCUCAGUGGAAGGCUGAGGAUGCCACUUUAACAAGCCCAGCUGUUACAAUGCCAACCAUGGGACGCUAAGCUAAACUGACAGUGCACCUAACCUUCAGAGACUUCUUACAUGCCUUAAGAAGCCCAAGAAGAGAUUGGAAAUGGUUACAAGUCCUUUUCACUGCUGAAAUAUUCAUACUGGAGAUUAUUAUUUGGAGGAAAAAAAAUGUCUGGAUUUACAAAAUUAAACACAAUUUACAUGGA